GCACAAAAAUCAAUUGCUAUGGUUGACAUUUCUCUUAACUGUCUUCACGUUCAAGGAGGUGAAGAAAAUUAUGAAUUUACUAUUAUCACCAACACAGAAAAUUCUGUCGAAAAAUUUAAAAAGGAUAUUAAAGAGAAAAUUAAAGUGGCAGGGGAGGAUAUUUUCAACGAUAUUGAGGCCGAUCAGUUAAUGCUUUGGCAGGUACGAGUUGACUAUAGUGAUGAAAAAGAUUUUUCGAGCUUUACCUCAGAUAGCAAGAAUUUAAAAAAGCUCGAAGGAAUUAUUGGUGAUUACUGGACGGAGCAACCUCCUAAAGAGUUUAUUCAUGUCGCUGUCUGCGUUCCAUAUUUAACCGUUUUACGAAUGCUGGAUAGUCUAACGAUAUUGAGUCAAGCUGUAGAUUACACAAACAUAUCUCUACAACAGCUUUAUAACGAACAAUAUAUCAAACAAGGAAAUAUAUUGUUUUACAAUAGAACCUACAAAGAUGCAGAAUUUACACACGAAUGCGAGAUUAAGGAUAUUUACAAUAUUAGGAAACUCUCGGUCAUUUCUACUUUUGCCAACAAUAAGGAAAAGUUAAUGUCAAUUGAUAGUUUAACUGAGCUCGAACUGUAUAUUCUCAAAUCGAAUGAUCGUUUUAAAAACAUCAAACGGGCUACUGGAAGUGCCUAUGAUUGGUUUUUCAUCAUAGAUAAGGAUGUGAAUAAAGGAAGCAUUAAUGAAUUAAGAAAACAAUAUGUUAAAAACAAAAUAAAUCCGACAGGUUAG